GGGCGCAUUAGCAUAGCUGUAGUGGUAAACAUCGCGACACCGUCAUAGUUGGUAGUCUGUCUCUACGACUGUUUGAAACAUCUCGUGUGACUCCAACAUGGGAGAUCUUAAGUAUCUUUGCGGGUUCGGCUCUGAGUUCACGUCAGAGGACCCUCGCAGACCUGGUUCCUUGCCCGAGGGUCAGAACAACCCACAGCGCUGUCCCUACGGACUCUACGCGGAACAGGUGUCCGGGACCGCCUUUACAGCACCCAGGCAUGAAAACAAACGCUCCUGGUUGUAUAGAAUUCGCCCUUCGGUGAUACACAAGCCGUUCCAGAAAUUGGAUGGAGCCAAAUAUCUAACUCACAACUGGGAUGAACAGGAACCCGAUCCAAAUCAGUCCCGUUGGCUCCCUUUCGACAUUCCUCCGCCGAGCCAGUCUGUUGACUUCGUGUCUGGACUGCACACAGUCUGCGGCGCGGGCGACCCUCGCUCUCGACACGGCCUCGCCAUCCAUGUCUAUCUGUGCAACGCGUCGAUGGACAAAAGUGCCUUCUACAGCAGCGAUGGAGAUUUACUUAUUGUACCCCAGCAGGGGACCCUGAAGAUCACCACUGAGUUUGGCCUCAUGGAGGUGGCCCCCAACGAGAUAGCCGUCAUCCAGCUCGGCAUGAGGUUCUCCGUCAAUGUUGAGGGACCUACUAGGGGUUACAUUCUGGAAGUGUUUGACGGGCACUUCAAGCUGCCCGACUUAGGACCUAUUGGGGCCAACGGUCUCGCAAACCCGAGGGACUUCCUCACACCUGUCGCGCGCUACUUCGAUGAAGAAAUACCUGGAUUUAAAAUAGUGAACAAGUACCAAGGCAGCCUGUUCGUGGCAGAGCAGAACCACUCCCCGUUCGACGUGGUGGCGUGGCACGGGAACUACGUGCCUUACAAAUACGACCUCAGCAAGUUUAUGGUCAUCAACUCUGUACUAUAUGAUCAUUGUGACCCAUCCAUCUUCACGGUACUGACUUGCCCCUCCACGAGGCCUGGCGUGGCCAUCGCAGACUUCGUCAUCUUCCCGCCGAGGUGGACGGUGACCGAACACACGUUCAGACCACCGUACUAUCAUAGGAACUGUAUGAGCGAGUUUAUGGGCCUGAUCUUGGGAGCUUACGAGGCGAAAGAGGGAGGUUUCCUCCCCGGAGGCGCCUCUCUCCACUCCAUGAUGACUCCGCACGGACCUGACGACAAGUGCUUUGAAGGAGCUUCAAAAGCGGAACUUGUGCCGCAGAAGAUUGCUGUUAAUACUCAGGCGUUCAUGUUCGAGUCUUCGCUCAGUUUGGCCAUCACGAAAUGGGGCGCCGAAACCUGUCAGAAACUUGAUGCUAAAUAUUAUGAAUGUUGGCAGAACUUACCCAAACUGUUCUCCGAAAAUGUCAAUGUGUAAUUAAUGUCUUUAUAAUGUAAUGACGUGAUAACAAUCACUAUUGUUUUUAUUUUUGUAAUAAAUUUCUUUUAUGCUUUGUCCGUUUUAUAGAGUUGGUUAAGGUUAAUUCUUUUACUACCCGACUGGGAUUUAGUUAUUGUAUACCUAAACGGGCUGAUUUUAGUACUGUAUUAUUAUUAUCUAACAACUGAAACCUAUUCAAUUAACACGAUAAAGAUAGGUUAGCUUUGACUUUGGUAACAGGUACAUAAUUAAAAACUAUGAAAAUUAUAUUUAUAUCCUUAAGGUUGUUUAUUGGCAAGUAUUUCUAAUUAAUAUAUUACAUUUUCCUGUAUAAUUAUUUCAGGGCGACGUUUUAGUCAAGUUUUUUUUCACAAAUCGAUGAAAUACUUGUACAGGAAAAUGUGAUUCAUUAAUUAGAAACAGUGCCGUAUUAUCAAUAAGGCACUUUAGGCCAGUGCCUAGGGGCCCACUAUGACCAGGGGCCCACCACUAUGACUAGGGGCCCAGCACU